AAUAAUGUUAGUGUUAGAAGAGGGACACGUUUACUUCUAGAAAAACCUAGACAAGAGGCAUCUACUAUACCUAUAUCGGAAGAAUCCCCAGCCAAACUCAAAUUCCUACUUGGGAAGUUGAAACCCAGUUGAAUCAAGUUUCCACGCUACCGACGGAGGAGAAGGCGACCGAGGGAAUGGAGGAGCAGGCGGCUAAGGUUAGAUGCCAGCGAAUGGGUUGCGAUGUCAUGUUCUCUCCAGAUGACAAUCCUGAUGAUUCCUGUCAAUAUCACGAUUCUGGGGUUGGGGAGCACAAAUUGGGGCAAAGUCCUAUGGCGAAUUGCUUAUCUAACUUUGAUUUGGAUGGUAUGACAGGAAAGAAAUGUGUGGAUUUUUUAGGCCAAGCGGAGGACCACCAAAACGUUAUGGGACCUUGUCUAUUUCUAUUCAUCAUUUUGGACAUCGACCAUUAAUGCUUGCAAGAGCAUUCCUCUUAGCCUUAUUCAACUUGAUUGGAUUUCGAUAUGUAGUUCAAAAGUGUCAAAAUAGUAAUGCCAAGAUGUUUUGAUGGCUUUUGGUGCUUUUUUCUUUUCCUUUGUUUUGAUUAGGUUUAUAUUUAGAGAAGGAUUUCUCAUCCUUCUCGGUUUAACAUUGCUAUUAAAAUCAUUGCUGUUUCUGAUAAAAAAAAAAUCAGUGUGUCCAUUGCUAGGGUAGGGUAGAGCUUUAGGUUUGCUGGUUCCUAAUUUGUGUGUACUUUUUUGUCAGUUUCUAUGAUCCUUCUGAAGGACCCAUCAUCCGUCUUGUGCUUUCAAAUCCAUGUCUGUAAAUUAUUGUUUUUCAUUAAAAGGGUAGUAUUUAAUUCAUACUUGCUUAUGGUGAAGCAAGGUUAACAGAAGCCUAACUCAACCUGUACCAAGAAGAAAAAAACUUUCUGAUAGAUGAGACUUAAGUUUGAAAACCACACAAGCAGGUAAGUUCUAUGAACAAGGCUUAUAGAAACAAAGAUUACAAGGCCUAGUUUUUAACUCUGACUAGAACAAAGAAAAAACUUUAUAACCUAAACUGACUCAAACAAGCAUAAGAUUUUCCCAAACCUAUAACCAAGCACGUACUAAGUUGACACUAAACACCCCUAAUAUUACAAUCACCAUACUACUCCUAACUAGAGAUUUCAGGUUUCUCCAUGUUCAAGGAGAUGAGAACUGAGCAGGUUCAACAAUAUGCCUUGUAUUCCUCAAUUAUGUGGCACCUUGUGCGGAAGCAUCAAUCAUUAGUGGCAUGUGAGCAUUCAGAAUUUCUUGAUUGCCAUCCCCAUCAUUCAUGCUGUUUGUCAUGUGGGAAGCCAAAUUCUUGCAGUGAUAAGACAUUCUUUUUUGUGAUAAACUUUUUACUAGAAGCAUAUCAUCAUGUAUUAAUUACUAAUUCAUUUCUAAUCUUGCAUGCUUGGGCUUGCUUUGACCGGGCUCGGACAUGGAUCUCAUCAGGGACCUUUUUUUCAUGAUGGGAUGAAAGAGUGGAGUUGUUGCAAGAAAAGGAGUCAUGAUUUCAGCUUAUUUCUAGCAAUUCCAGGAUGUAAGACAGGUAAGCACACAACUGAGAAACCAGUACUAGCAAAGCCAGCUCCUCCAAAGAAUCAAGUUCCUGCUCCAGCUCCUGCACCUGAUGCAUCGUCAAAACAAACUUGCUCUAGGUGUCAGCAGGGAUUUUUUUGCUCAGAACAUGGUUCACAAGCCAGAGAAAAGAGGUUGCAAACAGAUUUGCCAGCCGAAAACAACACAGGUGUUCAGGAGGGCUUGGCUGCUCCUGCAAAGAAGAUUGUUGAUAUAAACCAGCCACAAACCUGUGGAAACAAGGGAUGUGGUAUGACUUUCAAAGAAAAGGAUAAUCAUGAUACUGCUUGCAGUUAUCAUCCUGGGCCUGCAGUUUUCCAUGACCGGCUAAGAGGGUGGAAAUGCUGCGACAUUCAUGUGAAGGAGUUCGAUGAAUUCAUGAGUAUACCACCUUGCACCAAGGGAUGGCACAAUGCUAACCCAGCGUCAUAAGCAGCAGACAUGGGCUUUCAUACAAGGUGUUUCUUUUCUUACCCAGUUUUCCCAAAUUAUAAUUUAUGGAUUAAUGGUACUGACUAUGUUCUCAUUGAGAUAGAAUCUUCUAUGGUUAUAAACUUGAUUCAUGAGGGUGAGAACUAAACUAUAAAGGCUGUCUUUUCUUCUUGUGUGUUAAA